AUGCCGAUGACAAUCGAUGCUAUUAUUAGACGUAAUAAAAAUCUUAUUAAAUACAAACUUACACCACAAGAAGAAGCUGAUCUUCAAGCUAUAAUGCAAUUUCUUCGACCAUUUUAUGAAACUACCAACGUUCUUUCUGGCAGCACAUAUACAACUUUAGGUAUCUCGAUUCUACUAAUCGAUGAUAUUGUUGAUACUGUCUCGUCUUGUAUUCAGGAUCCAACAACUGCUAUUCUUGACCCCAGAAUUAAAUUAGAACUAAUACCCGCUGAUAUGAAUACUGAAAUAAAUCAAGCUCUUUUUAAUAACAUUUUUAAGGCAGAAUAUUCUACACUUACUUUAAAUAAUUCGCCUAAUAAUUCAGAAGCGGCAGUAAAUUUAACAUAUACAGAGCAAAUUGCUCAGAAAAAACGUAAAACAAAUAUCCUUACUAAUAGAACUGAUGAAUUUUCUCAAUACUUAAGUGAGGCUAUUUUACCUAUGGAUGUUGAUCCUUUGAACUGGUGGAAACUUAAUUAUGCCCGUUUUCCUAAUUUAUCUCGGAUGGCUAAAGAUUAUCUAGCUAUUCAGUCUACUUCGGUGCAAGUAUUUUCCAAGGCAGGUGAUACAGUUAGAGCUAAGCGCGCACGUUUAUCUGAGAAAAAUGUACAGGCUCUUUUGU